GGAUGAUCUCGAGGUUUAUGAAGAAGCAUAUGAAGCCUUUGAAUGUGCAGAACCUGCUUCCGAAGAAGAAGCUAUGGACGUUGAUGAAUUGUGUGAGGAGUCUGUGAUUGACGAUAUCCACUCUAAAAUGAAAGAAAAUGUAGAAAAAGUACUAGAGAGGGGUGAAAAACUAGACAAUUUAACUGAGAAAUCACAAACACUUAUGGAUGCCUCCCCUGUUAUCAUGGACAUGGGUUCACUGUUUAUGAAGGCGGGGUUUGCUGGGGACGACGCCCCCCGAGCAGAAUUUGAGACAACCGUUGGACGUCCUCGACAUCAGGGCGUGAUGGUCGGCAUGGGACAGAAAGACUUGUACGUCGGAAAAGAGGUCACAGGAGCAAAACCUGUGUUAGGAAAAGUAUUGGAAAAGCUUUCUUCAUCUUUGGAAGAAUCUGAUGAAGAAGAUGUAGACAUGGGAUUUAGUCUUUUUGAUGAUGAUGAUGAGUCAUUUGAAUUACCAAAGAAACAAGCACCACCAAAAGAAUUUCAGAAAAGAGGACCAACUGUUCGUCCUCCCCAUCGACAGAAUCUUACGAAGGUGUCACGACCACCACCCUCACUACCUGUAUAUCUUCCCAGAGAACAGGUGCUUGAGAGGAGACCACCCCCACCAAGGGGGGUUAUGGAUGACAAAUUCUCAGAAUCAGAUGAUGAAGAUUAUGAAAAACCUGAUGUUUUAUCAGUUAAACCUGUCUAUACCAGAGUUUCAAUGGCGAUGGCAGGAGGGAUAGAAGGUGAAUUGUCAAAGAAAGAACCAUCACCUAUAACAUUUCAGAAAAGAGGACUAGCUCAACCUGCUCGCAGACUACCACCUGCUCGUACACUACCACUAAAAGGGAGGGCUCCACAAGCACCACCUCAACCACCUCGGAGGGAACCACCACCGCCACCACCACCACCAAUGGAAUCAUCUGAGUCAGAACAGGAGGAAUCAUAUGAAAAACCUGAUUUUCUAUCAAUUAACCCUGACUAUGCAUUACCACCAGAUGUCCCAUUGUUGAGGGCAGGAGGAGAUAAGGAAGACAAACCUGAACCUCCCCCAGAACAAGCUGAGUUGGAGAUGGAUGAUCUCUUUGAGGAACUCCCCGAGGAACCAGUACCACCCCCCUCAAUACCAGCCAGAGGGAGACCACCUCCACCAUCAACACAGGCUCACAUUUUUCGGUCAAAGAAAAAAGCAUCACCUAAAGAAAUCAAAGACUCUAAAGACUCCGGUGAACAAUUACUUGACCGGCAAAGUAGACAGCUUAGGGAACUUACUGCGCUGAAUGGAUCUCUUAUGUUUAGAAACACUGAUGUUACACGUGAUCCCUCUUUCUCUAAGAAGGCUGCAAUGGAUGAUGAGUACGAGUCUUUGAUGGCUGAGAUAGGAAAGGAUCAACUGAAGAGUCAGUUUAGAGAACCACCUCCAAUACCAUCUCGAGAUCGACCACCUUCUUGUGCACUUACUGGGGCUCCACCACCCCGUGCUCCAGCACGACUGGCACGCGGGGGUGAGGAAAGACCAGCACCACGAGCACUGGCGAGAGAAAGCGGGGGUGAGGAAAGAGGAGGAGGAGGAGAAGAUGGAGGGGACCUUAUGAUGUUCUCAGCAAAAGCCAUGCCCCCGAGGAAAGCCAGAUAUCAGCAGCAUGAUAAGCCUUCUACAGGGGAAGAUCUACUGAUGAUGGAGGUCUCUCCACAGCGAGGCAGUCUUCAGCUAGAAAAAUCUCAAUCACCACCACCACCACCACCACCAGCGAGGGGGGGUAUAGUGAAGAGCAGAGGAGGUGGGGGAGUAGGUUGGGGAGGGGGAGGAGAUCGACAGUCUCUAUUGCAGUCCAUAACUACAGGACAGUCAUUAAAGAAAAUCCCACCUCGGCCUGAAAAGCCCACUGUAGAAGGUCGCCAGGAUCUUUUGUCUUCAGCGUCCUUCAGCGUAGAGCUUGUAUUCAGACUGAGGAGGACGACAAAUCGUUGAGUGACUCGGAUGAGGAAGCGUUUGAAGAGGAAGCAAACAAGCGCAGAGAGAGAGGAGAAGUUAUAGCACUAUGUUCAAUGAACAUGAAGAAGAGUAGUGGAUACAUCAAGGAAAGACGAGAAAUGAAAGAUAAACCGGUUCCUGCACCACCAUCGCCUCCACCAUCCGUUUCUGAAAAAUUCACGCUUUUUGGAAACCA